AUGGCUGUCGCUACUUUUCCCUCGGUGGGGGAGUCUCCCGAUAUUAUGCUGCUGAAUGUGGCUCGUCUGUUUACUCGCCUUGAACAUAACCUCCUGUCUCCCGGGUCAGAACUCCGCACCUUGCGCGGGUCCGAGUUUCAGCGCAUGCGAGUCACCAAGAAUGUCGAAUACGCGCGCACCCUCCUUUCCCAGCUUGAACGCUCUCUCCCGCAAUUGAAACAACCGGAUCGACGACACGAGGCGCAGGUCGAGAUUGCGCGUGAUAAACAGCUCUUGAAGCGAAUUCAGGGUGUUCUAGAUGAAGAGGAUGCCCGUGCAGAUAACGACGCCGAAGCCGAAGAUGUCGAGGCAGACGACGAGUGGAAGGACUUGUUCUCCCAGCCCAUCGAGCAAGUGGUUCCAGCACAGGCACAAUCCGAGGUCCGAAUAGACCAGAAACCGGACAAAGAUAUCAAAGAAACCACAAUUCCUACAAUUCCUACCACAAACGCAUCACCGCCAGCCCCCGCAGCAACAACACCCCCCUCAACACUUCGUAACCGCCGCAACCAAGAUACCGCCCAAGAUACCGCAAAAGCAACAGGCCGCAACUCCUCGCCGAACAAACUCGAGUCCACCGAGCAGGCACUCACCACAGACCGUAUGGAACAAGAAGACCUCACCAGCUCGCUGCUAUCACUAGCCAGCCAACUGAAAGCAUCAUCGCAUUCGUUCCAAGCCACACUAGAGAACGAGAAGUCCGUACUCGACCGCGCAGUAACGGGCAUUGACAAGACGUCAACGACGAUGGAGGCAGCGGGGCAGCGGAUGGGAAUGCUGCGUAAGAUGAGCGAAGGCAAGGGCUGGUGGGGACGGAUGAUGCUGUACGGGUGGAUCUUCGGACUGUGGCUCGUUGCCGUUUUGAUCGUGUUUAUUGGACCGAAGUUGCGGUUCUGA